AUGGAAGGUGCGGUUCCUUGGUGGGUUAAUGAUUACUCAGAUGAGGUGGUGAUGGUGCUAAAGUCUGCCAGCAGCAAAGCAGCAGGUCCAGAGGGUGCCCAUCUGCGAUCACUGGUGCCUGUCCACCACCCACCGCCCCUUGGGGGCACAGGGGAUGAGGUCUUCUGGCUGGUGGCCACAGACCCAGAUCACAGUUCCCUGACCUACAGCAUUAAUGGCAACAAUUCCCAGUUCUUCAGUGUCAACGCCAGUACCGGGCAGGUGAAACUGAAGGUCCCACUGGAUUAUGAGACACAGCCUUUUUUCCCCAUCAACAUCUUCGUGAGCAAUUCCAAUGAAAUGAAUUGCUUCUCACACACACCAUUUCGAGGCUCACCUGGGCUUUCUCAUCUGCAGAUAUCAAGGACAAUGACAGUGAUAAUAGAAGAUAGAAAUGACAAUCCACCCAUUUUUAGCAACACAGUCCUCUCUAUCAGCAUCAAUGAGACCCUGCCGCCUGGCUCCGUGGUGUACAAUGCGACUGCGACAGACCCAGACACAGGUUCGGGAGGUGUCGUGAACUACUACAUCGAUGGGUUUAUCCCCAACAACGCUGAGACCAAGGAACUCUUCACCAUAGAGAAGAAUGGUUCCAUCAUUCUCAAAGGCAAUUUGAGCUAUAACAACAAGAGUUCCUCCUAUCAGCUGAAACUUGGAGCCUGUGAUUCAGGGGGCGAGUAUAAAGGUGAAAAAAAUUAUACCCAGUGCUCCACGCCUUUCUACCUGUCCAUCACCGUGAUCGAUGAGGCCGACUUAGACCCCCAAUUUCUUAAGGAAUUCUACUCUGCUUCAGUGGCUGAGGAUGCAAUCCAGGGAACAUCUGUGUUGAGGGUGGAAGCUCAGGACGGUGACAAAGGUCUCAACUGGAAAUUGGUCUACAGCAUCACGAACUCCACCAAGCCUGGCUGGUUUCGCAUUGAUCCUUCCAGUGGAGUGAUUGAAGUCGAUGGCUCCUUGGACCGUGAGGAACUUCUGGAGGAGAAUGAAGAGGUUCGGGUGUUGGUGACGGCCACCGAGGAAAAUGAGAAUAUAUUUGGGCAGAAGGCCAGCAUAAGCACAUGGGUGACAGUGAGAGUGACAGAUAUCAAUGAUCAUGAUCCUGAAUUUUUUAACUGCAGCCUCCCGGACUGUUCUUUCGAACCCCAAUUAAAGCAACAUAACUUUUCUGGUUCUGUGGAUGAGCAUGCAUCCACCCGUAUCCCCAUCGACAAUCUCACCAUGGUGGUCUAUGACCCAGAUAAGGGUAAUAAUGGAACCUUCCUGCUGAGCCUUGAGGGUCCUGAUGCUGCUGCCUUUAGCGUCUCCCCAGAGCGUGCUGCGGGCUCAACUGAAGUGCAGGUGCUGGUGAAAAAUCCAUCACUGGUCGACUAUGAAGUAAAAAUAAAGAUGGAGGUUCAGGUCAUGGCCACUGAUACAGCCAGUGGGAAUACCACCAAAGCUUGGGUGACCAUACACCUUCGAGACAUUAAUGACCACAGACCCACCUUCCCCGAAAGCCUGUACAACUGCACUGUCAAGGAGCACUGUAAGGAUGAUGUCGUCUGCCAAAAUAUCACAGCCUAUGACAAGGAUGAACAGAGUGUGAUCAACUAUACACUGCUUCCAGGAAGUGGGGCCGAUGUCUUUGAGGUUAACUCUACUUCAGGAAAAAUAACUGCAAAAAACUGCACAUUGCUAGACCGAGAGGCACAAGCUGUGUACUACCUCACACUGGAGGCCAAAGACAAUGGAGGGCUAUCCAACACCACCAACGUGCAGGUCUUCCUGGAGGACAUCAACGACAACCCCCCCAAGAUUAUUGGCUCCUAUAACAUUUUUGUCAAAGAGGGAGAGAACAGCACAGUCUCCGAAUGCAUCAAGGCAACUGAUGAUGACCAGCCAGGAACCAACAACAGUCUCCUGAAGUUUAGUCUAGAAAACAGUACCUACAGCCAGAAUUUCUCAAUAAAUGCCACAGGGUGCCUCUCCAACCUGAAGCCCCUGGAUCGAGAAGCCAUCAGCCCGGGGCUGAAUGGUCGUAUUGUGUUGAAGGUGAACGUCAGUGACUGUGGUGACCCAGUCCUAAGUACCGUGGCUAAUGUCACCAUCACUGUGGAGGACGUCAAUGACAAUGUGCCCGUCUUUAGCAACUCCAACUACAAGUUCUCAGUAAAUGAGAGAGUGUCAAAUGUCCAGGUGGGUGAGAUAACUGCUUCAGAUGCAGAUCAGACAACGGCCAACAACCGCAUUAGCUUUAGUUUGUCGGGAAAUGGAUCACAAAACUUCAUCAUUAAAGGCGUCCCAGCGUUGAAAGACGGGAUGGCCGAGGGCUUACUCUGGCUGCCCCCCGAUGUGAGUCUGGACUACGAGAGCCAGAGCCUCUACAACUUCAGUGUGAUGGCAGAGAACCCAGAUCCUGGAAGCUCUUCAGCCACAGCAAACGUGCUUGUGUGGGUGCAAGAUGUGAACGAUGAACCACCCGUUCUGGUGGCUGAAUCACUCCAGGGCGUGAUCGUGGCUGAAAAUGGGUCACAGCAUGGCGAGGUGGCGACGGUGAAGGCCGUGGACCCAGACUCCACGGCCCAGGUGGUGAUCCAACUGGUGAAUGUUUUCUGUACCAAGGAUGGCAAGGAUGUGGGCAGCCUGUGUUCAACUUGGUUUGAUGUGCAGCCCAAUGGCACUGUAGUCAUCAAUCAGAGCGAGGCUAUAGACUACGAGACCUGUAACCAGGUGACACUGGUCGUGCGAGCCUAUGACGAAAAGACAGACGGAAACUUCUUGGCUUUCAGCAACAAUGGAAGCCUCAUCAUCACCAUCCAGGAUGUAAAUGACAACGCACCCCAGUUUCUGCAAAAUAAUAAAACCUUCGUGAUCAUCCCGGAACUGGUGAUACCCAAUCAGCAAGUGGCAUCUGUCCAGGCCACAGACAAAGACUCAGGGAAAAAUGGGAUCAUUCACUUCUCCAUCAAGAAAGUGGAAUUUGUCCCUAAGGAAGGAUCUACGAUAACUUUCAAUGGCUUCCGGGUCACCACCUCCUCUGAGGCCAACGUGUUUACUGGCAGCAUUGAAUUGGUGACCAGCCUUGACUCCAAGCUCCAAGGCACCUAUGAAGUGACAGUUCAGGCUCAGGACACUCCUUCUGUUGGAUCACCCUUACAAACAGAAACUACCCUGAAUCUUUUCACUGUGGAUCAGAGUUACCGUAUAACCUUGGAGUUCUCCACCAGCCAGAGUGAAGUGGGCGAUAAUGUGGAGGAGAUUAAGGAGGCUCUUGGCCAAGCAACCAGGACCAGUGUCUACAUCGUGAGCAUUCGGGACAAAGACAACAGUGUGCGAGCCCAAGGUCGCACCUUCCUUGAUGCAUACUUCGUCUUCUCCAAUGGCACUGCUCUGAAACUUGACCAACUGAGCACGAUGAUCCGGGGUGACCAGGACUCACUGAUGAAGUUGCUGCAGCUGGGACUGGUGGUGCUGGGCUCCGAAGACACACAGAACUCAGACGUGACACAGAGGCUCAGCGGGGUCAUCAUAGGUUUGGGGAUCGCCCUGGUGCUGCUUAUCAUCAUCAUGAUCACAUCUCUUGUGUGUGUGCGGAGGAGCUACAAACGAGAACUUCGGGCUGUAAAAGCUGCCAAGGAGGCUCGGCAGACUGUGGCCGGAGUGAACACUUCUUCCUCGGCCAUCCCAGGAACUAACCUGUAUAACACUGACCGGGCCAACCCCAUGCUAAACCUUGCCACCAAGGACCUGGGCUUCGAGUCUCAAUCUUCCUGCAGUGACAUGGACCGCACCAGCCUCAACUCCCUAGAUGAAAACUCUGUGGACCUGGGAAAGGAGAAGGAGAAGCCAGAAAGGAAGAAGCAAUCCAAGCAGAAUCAGAAGAAGGCAGAUAAAGUACCCCUGGACAGUCAGGUGGAGGAUGAUGAAGGACUUCUGAGCAUGGUGCUCUCUGACAGGAAGAAGAGCGCAGGUGGACAGCAGAAAGUGGCCUUCUCUAACCCUGUCCUGAACAUCAGCGAUGACUCGAAAGUAUGA